AUGUCAGUCGACGAGUACUCAGGGAGCAGUGAACAUCGAGUUUUGGAAGCGUUGACAGUUUCUUCAGAGUUCGCCAAGCAAAAGGAAGAGUCCGCGAUGACGCUGGUAGACUUCGGCCACCCCCAGGUGGGACACUCCAGGAUCCCCGGCUCCAUGGAGGAGGGUUUCUAUCCUCUAUCGCCGGCCAGCGGGGACUCCAACGUCUCCACGACCAGCUGGAAUGGAUACGGAAAUUCCGGCAACUUCAAAAUCGGCGCCAAUAGGAAUACCUACCCCUGGCAGUUCGACGUCAAAUCGGGGUCCAGGGGGCUCCCUGUGAGUGCAGGGAUGCUGCAGCAGCAGCAUCAGCCUCAGCCACAGCAGCAGCAGCAGCAGCAGCAGCAACAGCAGCAGAUGCAACUGCAGCAGGCCCAUCCUCAGGUGCAAAGACAGGAGGAGAAACAGCGGAGCGACCCCCAACAACGUCAAGCCACCUCUACCUCCGGUCAAGGUCAGCAGCGCAAGCAGAGUACCGGAAAGCGAUCCAGAACCGCUUAUUCCAGCGCCCAGCUCGUGGAACUGGAAAAAGAGUUCCACUGCGGUCGCUACCUGUGUCGGCCUCGUCGUGUGGAAAUGGCGGCAGCCCUUUGUCUGACGGAACGUCAGAUCAAGAUCUGGUUCCAAAACCGACGUAUGAAGUACAAGAAGGAGCAGAACUCGAAAGGCGCCGGAAGUCCCGGAAAAUCGCCCGCAAGUGUCGGCGGUUCUCCCAUGAGCGGCAAGGAUGGGGCCACCGGAAUUGGUUCCUCCCCGAGUUCCGGGAUUUCCGGAAAUCCAGGAAAUACGGAAUGGACCCCUCCGAAGAUGACUCUCCAGGACCCUCUCAUCCCCACGACGGUGUCCUGCUCGUUCGCUUCAGGGACCGAUCAGGCUGUUAGCUCCUCCACGGAGAAGGAGUUCCAGUCUAAGAACGUAAAGCAGUACGAGAAUUCCGCAUUCUAUCAGGUCCAGGAUGUGCAGGCUCACUACCAGGAUAGGCAGUCCUACCUGUAUCAGCAACAGCAACAUCAACAUCAGCAGCAUCCCGACUACCCCUCCCAGCAAGCGCCCCAGUACGUCCAGCAAUUACAGUUCCAGCAGAAGGACUCGCAGCUGCAGCUGCAGUGGCAGCAUAAUCAGGCCGUCUUCUCGCAGAGCAAUUACCAGCACUACUCCGACGGUCUGUACGCGCAGGAGCAAAAUUGCUACUCCUACGGGGCUCCUCAAAACGCGUAUAAUUACGCCAACAUGCGCGAGGACGCAUACGCAUCCUUGCCCGUCCUGACGGACCUCACGUCCUGGCUGCCGCAGAGCUCCUAUCAGCAGAUGCAGAACAGGAACCUGGUGGACGUUGUCAGCGACUCCUCCGAGUGCCAGGACGACGGGGUAGACCUCACUAACCUGUAA